CGCCGAUUUGCCAUUUGUAUUGUUCUGUCGUGGAUUGUGGAAGAACAUUUUGCCGCCAAAUCGUCACACGAAGCGUCGUAUCCUCAAAUUUUGAAAACUACAUUAGUGCAAUUUUGGUUACUUAGAAAUGAGCUCAAAGAAGAAAAAUACUGCUUCUAAAUCCAAAGAGCAAGAACCUGAAACCAAUGAAGAACCUGAAGAAUAUGUUGUUGAAAAAAUAUUGGAUAAGAAAAUUGUUGCUGGAAAAAUUCAGUAUUUUCUUAAAUGGAAAGGAUACUCUGAUGAAGACAAUACGUGGGAGCCUAGAGAAAACUUGGAUUGUCCAGAGAUGAUUAAGGAAUUUGAAGAAAAUUGGAAAAAAAAGAACCCUACAGAUAAAACUGAAAAGAAAAGAAAAAUAGAUGCGGUAGAAGCUGCCCCUGCUGCUAAGAAAAAAGAGGAUGAUCGCCCUCGAGGAUUUGAGCGCAAUCUCGACCCUGAAAAAAUUGUUGGUGCUACAGAUGCCAGUGGUGAAUUGAUGUUUCUCAUAAAAUGGAAAGGAUGCGAUGAAGCUGAUCUUGUUCCUUCCAAAAUUGCCAAUGUAAAAUGUCCUCAAACAGUAAUAAAGUUCUAUGAAGAAAGACUGACAUGGCAAACUGGCAGUAAUAAUUGUGAUGACGAUACUAAAGAAAAUUGAUGUUUGAUGUUGCAAAUUUUAUCUGUUGCUCAUUUCCAUUUUAAAAAAUAAUCUAAGAAAGUUGAAUUGAUAAGCACUUUCCCUGCAUUUCAUUGAAUUUUGAGUUCUUGUAACCUAGUUUUAAUUUUCUAAUGAUAGGAAAUUGAAUUUUAAGGAAGUUUAUUUUUAAAAUGUUCAUUAUCUAUUGACUAUGUAAAAUAAAUGGAGAAAAAUAUUUUUCAUUCUUAUUGCUGUAAUGUAAUUUAUACCAUAAUGUAAAUACGGUCAUUCCUCAUGUUUUUAGAAGCUUUUUGUAAAGUAUCUAAGCAUCAUGAAUAAAACAAUUGG